UAUAUACACACACAACACACAGCAAUAGUUUAAAUUCAAGGCAAAAAUAAUAUAUUUUUUGUAAAAAAAGCAUUCACAGAUAACAUAUAAACAGACAGAGUAUAUAAGCAGAAAGUAAUACUCAUACACAUAGUAAAAGUACACGUAAAUACACACACACAAACACACACACACAUACACACACACACAUACAUUUAAACACACACACAUACACUCACACAUACACACACACAUAUACACACACACUUAAACACUCACACAUACACACACAUACAUACACAUACACAUACACACACACAUACACACACACUUAAACACAAACACACACACACAUACAUACACACACACACACGCACAUACACACACAUAACACACACAUUUACCUAUACACAUAAGUUUGCAGGCAUUCAGUGUUAUGCAGUAACAGUUGCAAACAAUUAAGCAGUACAUAAAAACAAAUACAUACAUUACAAAUACUUUCAUUUAUCCAUACACAAGGCUCUCUAAACAACGACAUAAUAUCCAUUUGUAUAUAUAAAGAGAUACACCCCCACUUUCAGAUAUAUAUUUAUAUUGCACCUGUUGCCAGACCACAUGAGAAUAUGGGGUCAGAAGAGGAGCUGCUGAAGAUCGGGAGAAGGCUGGAGAGACGAAUGAGUGAGGGAAGCAUGGAUCGAGUCCUAGAAUUAUUGAGGGAGCUGCAGAAGUUUAAUAUCACAAUACCCCUUCUGAGGAGUACAAAGAUAGGGGUAACAGUGAAUAAAGUGAAGAAGAAGAGUAGUGAGGAGCCUGAGGUUGAAGAAUUGGCCAAAACCCUCAUCAAGGACUGGAAGAGAUUACUAGAUGCUUCAUACAAGGACAAAAGUGCAGCACCAAAUUCAAAGCUGACUUCUCCACCACAUGGAGGAUCAGAUCGACUUCAUUCACUAACAACAAAGAAGCAGCAUGCAGACAAACACAGCAAAUAUCCUGAGACUUCACCCCAAACACAGAGCCAGCAGACUACGCCGGACAGCUCUAAACCAAAAAGCAAAUGUCCUGAGUCAUCUCCUCGACCUGAAAGCCACCAAACUGUUCCUGAUAAUCUAAAACUUAAAAGGAGCCACUCCACUGAUAUUAAACCCUUGUCCACCACAAAGAAGACAGAAAGGAGGCAUUCCCUUAAUUUGCCCCUUCCGUCUUCUCCUUCCAAAAGUUCAAGUAACACCAAAGAGGAGCGAAAUUCCCUUGGAUCACCUGCAUCUGGAAAUGGAUCCAGCAAUCCUGCCUCUGACCACCGAGAUGACAGCCGUGGGAAUCUAAGUCCUCUUCCCGUGUGCAGUUCUCCUCCCUCCUGCUUUCUGCCUCCUUGUUAUCAGACAGGUGAUUCUGUAAGGGACAAGUGUGUUGAGAUGGUGACAGCAGCUUUAAAAACAGAUGAUGAUUACAAAGAGUUUGGCGCAAAUUGUGAGCGGAUUGCUUGGGAAAUUGAGGAGAGUAUAUACAAUGAGAUGAAGAUCACUGAUAUGAAAUACAGGAACCGAAUUAGGAGCCGGAUCAGCAAUUUAAAGGAUCCAAAGAACCCAAACCUUAGAAGGAACGUCCUCUGUGGGGUUGUGACACCUCAGAGAAUUGCUGUCAUGACAGCAGAGGAAAUGGCCAGUGAUGAGCUGAAAGAGCUCAGGAACAUUCUGACAAAAGAGGCCAUCAGAGAACAUCAGAUGGCAAAGACAGGAGGGACCCAAACUGACCUGCUGCAAUGUGACAAGUGCAAGAAGAAGAACUGCACAUACAACCAGGUGCAGACACGCAGCGCUGAUGAACCGAUGACAACUUUUGUCCUGUGCAAUGAAUGUGGAAAUCGCUGGAAGUUCUGCUAACUUACGAUGUACAGCCCAGAUAUUCCCAUGGCGCAAUGUAACUGGCUAAACUUCAAAGAACCAACAUAUUUCCUCAUCCCUCGGCAUAACUCUUUUAUUCUCUCCUUCAGUUUUUCAAGCAUGUAUUUAGUCAAAGUGUUUAGAUGGCUUUGUUAUUUAGAACAGUGCUAAAAGACUUGUAAAAUGUAUCCUAUAUCAUUUAUUUACCUUCUCACAAGGGUUGUAUGUUAGUGAGUUUACUUGCUUUUAUAAUCAGAGCACUUCAAGAUUUGCUAAUAAAAAAUGUACAGUUCA